UUCAUCUUAAUUGAUGACAUUUGGAGCAUCUCGGCAUGGGAUGUUCUUAAUUCUGUUUUGCCUGAGAAUGAUCUUGGAAGUAGAGUAUUGAUCACAACUUGCAUCAGCGACGUAGCCAAAUGUUGUUCUACACGCCCAAUUGAUUUCAUCCACCAGAUGGAGCCUCUUAGCAAGGAAGAAUCCAAGACUUUAUUUCACGAGGCAAAAAGGCCCGCUGAAAAUGAGUUGUUGAAAAUGUGUGGGGGCAUGCCAUUGGCAAUACUUAUUGCAGCCGGCAGGAAAUCUGCAGGACUAGCUGAGCCAGAGAUUCGUGAGAGACGUAUCCUUUCAACAUCAGACCAAUGUUCCACAUCGGAUGGGAUGAGAAUGUUAUUGCGCAUGAGUUAUGAUGAGCUACCUGCCCCUUUGAAGUCUUGUCUUGUAUACCUCGGUGUUUUUCCAGAAUAUUAUACCAUCAAGAAAGACCGUUUGAUACGGCUAUGGAUCGCUGAGGGAUUUUUCUUAGGAAGACAUGAAGAAAACUUGUGGAGAACAGGAGAAAGCUAUUUCAAUGAGCUCAUCUGUAGGCGGCUGAUUCAGCCAGUGUUCGGCUACGAAGAUGGCCAGGCUGUAGGAUGUGUGGUGCAUGGUGUGAUCCUUGACUUCAUCAAAACUUUGUCUACGGAAGGCAACUUUGCGACGACGAGUGCAGAUAUGAGGUCUGGACUAACUCCAUGGUACCUGAUUCCACGGUUCUCAUUCGAUUGCUGCAGUAAGGAAGAUGAAGCCGGCAAGCUGCUCUCAGUAACCCUGCACCUAUCUAGCAUGCGAACCCUCCAAGUUUGCGGGCGUGCUGGAUGGACAACCCUCCUCACAUAUCCUAAGGUUAGAAAAGGGAAGCCUGCUCUUCGAACCUUCAAAUUUCUACGAGUACUCGAUGUGGAAGAUAAUGGUAUUUUGAGAAGCCACCAUCUGAAAGGCAUUGGAGGGCUGAUUCUACUAAGUGCACGUGCCAUCGUUGAUUUCCUCAAGGUGGUUGGACACUCUAACCUUCGGUCCCUAUCUCUGCAUUGUCUUGAUGGUGACUUGGUUGGCCAACUGAACUUGUGUCCCCCGUACCAGUUGCAAAGAUUUGAACUGACUAUAUCUGGUGCAAUCCUGGGAAGUACUGCAUUUUGUAUGGCCACCUGUGUUACCCACUUGAAUAUUGAAAUUAGUCAAUUGGGAGAGCAAGGUCUGAGUAUCAUCGCGUCCGCGCCCCAUCUUAUCCUUCUCCAGUUAGUAUCUUCAGGACCUGCUGCUCCCAUGACGGACACGCACUCAUCUUCCAGAAGACAAAGAAGAAGGGUGAUAAUUUGCAGUGGCGCCUUUCCGUGUCUUAAGGUGUUCUGGUUCACAUGCAAGGCUGGUGGAAAUGAGCUGCAGUUUGAUCGAGGAGCCAUGCCACGGCUGCGGGGGCUUCGGCUCCACUUCAACGCUCUAGAGAUGCUGUCUCUUUAUGGAGAUUUUGAAUUUGGCAUUGAGCAUCUCUCUAGUCUCACCAGAAUCCAUGCCGCUAUUGGAUGUGAAGAUGCUACGGCUCCGGAGGUGGAGCUUGCAGAGACUGCCAUCACAGAGCAAGUCUGUCGGAUCUCCUCCGCCAACACACCAACAAUAGAGUUCAGCAGAGAGAAUCCCAGGAUGUUUGAGAGGGGAAAGAAGAGUAUAGGUCCCCUUACAGAGACGGUGACAACGAUCACCAAGAAAAAGAGCUUGAGGAGAUGGCUGAUCACCCAGUACAAAAUGAUGUGGCGCGCCUUGUGCUCUUGCAGUACGAAAUGAUAUCAGCAUGAACAUCCUUGCCUGAAUCUUUCCAGUCUUAUGUUUUUGGAUAACUUGAAAUAUAUUUUUUAGC